CUCUCACGUGUCUGCUUUUGUGUGCCGGAUAGUCAAAGCUAGACGAUUGAGGACAAAUGGAGCGGUAUUGCUUGUGGACCUUUCUGCUUGUGUUCCAAGUGUGUGUUUUGUGUUCGCACUGUGAAGCAGGACAACAGGAAGUGAAGGACAAGAUAUCCGAGGCGGUUAAAGCGUAUACUCAGUGCAGCUCUGCCAACUGUAGCUGCCAUCUCAGGGUCCUAGAAGAAGACUUGGCUCCCUUUCAAGGAGGCAUCUCCCAGGAUGUGAUGGCGUGGACGGUUGAAAGAGGCGUGGGCACGCACUACCAGAUCAUUGGCCAUAAGUUGUACCGGGAGCGCCAGUGCAUGUUCCCUGCCAGGUGCAGCGGGGUGGAGCACUUCCUGUUAGAGCUGAUUGACAGGUUACCUGACGUGGAGAUGGUGGUCAAUGUCAGGGAUUAUCCUCAAGUGCCAAAGUGGGUGCAGCCGACCCUCCCGGUUUUCUCCUUCAGUAAGACAUCAGACUACCAGGACAUCAUGUACCCAGCAUGGACCUUCUGGGAGGGUGGUCCUGCUGUGUGGCCCAUUUAUCCUACUGGACUAGGAAGAUGGGAUCUAAUGAGGGACGACCUUGCAAAAUCUGCUGCUCAGUGGCCAUGGAAGAACAAAGAGUCCAAAGGAUUCUUCAGAGGAUCCAGGACCAGUUCAGAGCGUGACCCUCUGGUCGUUCUUUCUAGAGAGAUGCCAGACCUGGUUGAUGCAGAAUACACAAAGAACCAGGCCUGGAAGUCUGACAAGGACACACUCGGGAGAGCACCAGCCAAAGAAAUUCCACUGGUUGACCACUGCAAGUACAAAUAUUUAUUCAACUUCCGAGGCGUGGCGGCCAGUUUCCGCUUCAAGCAUCUGUUCCUCUGCGGCUCGCUGGUGUUCCACGUGGGCGACCAAUGGCAAGAGUUCUUCUACCCGCAGCUCCAGCCCUGGGUCCACUACGUCCCCGUCAAGCAGGACCUCUCUGAUGUCAGAGAACUCUUAGAGUUUGUCCAGGAGAACGACGCCAUUGCAGAAGAGAUUGCCAUCAGGGGCAUGGAGUUCAUAUUGGAGAACCUGCAGAUGCAAGACAUCUCCUGCUACUGGGAGAGACUCCUCACCGAGUUCAGUCGUCUGCUCACCUCCCCACCCCAAAGACGCCAGCACUACACUCACAUCCUGUCCCAGCCCCCCAAGACCGAGCUAUGACCAACACACUGCAGGGAACACGGCGGCUGCAUCAAGUAUGUUUGUAUUCCAUGCUGCGAUGUUUGUCCCACACCAGAAGCCAGCAUGACGUGGAAUAUGUUGUAGUAUUCACACCUCAACCAAUGUGUUCAAGAUGAUUGAUAAAUAUGCAGACAUGCUGUACUUCAGCUGCUACAGUACUACUAUACUACUAUACUACUAUACUACUGCCCUUUUCCACUUCGGGGAAAAUGAAACUUUCACACUUUCAUAUUGACUACUUUUGUUUCUCAACACUUUUCUUGCAUAUUUCAACUCUACGCAACUAAAAUGACUCCAAUCUUCCUCACAAUAUAACGUCAUUCUUGUAAAAUUGCAACUUUGUUCUCAAUAGAAUCCGACUUUCAUGGCGUCAUAUUUGGACCUUAUUGUUGUGAUUGCCGCUUCUGCUGUUGUGUUGAAACUAUGACGACUUCUCAGAACAUUAAUACUUUGCCAAAUAUUACAACUUUGAUUUUGUUUUGUUUCCCGUAAUAGUUUAUUCUUGGAAAAUUGUGACUUUUU